GAAUUUUCCUAAUCUAGCUGUCCAUUAAUCCUGGCAUUGUAUAAUAUAAAUAUUGUUGGCUCCUGGAUAAAUUGCUUUUGUUCCUCUUUUGUAAGUUGCUUUGGAUAAAAGUGUUUGCUAAAUGCAAAAAUUUAAAAGUAUAUGUAAAAUCAACUUGAAUAAUGGUGAAAAAUGUGAAGUCUAGAGCAGAAUAGUGACACAUAGCUCUUAUUCUCCUGCUUGAAUUGUAGUGAAAUUAUAGCUGAAAAAAAGUGAUUCAUCCUUUCAGGCAAAAUUGUGAACAUGUUCAAAUGUCAAGAAGCAUAUGUCUCCCCAGUCAUUUCAGGUUCUGCAGCCUACGCAGUUGCUUCACUGGACAUUUAAUAACCACGUUAACGUGUUUGUUCUAGCACCUUUUUCUUUUGCAGUCGUUACGUAAAGUCAUUUCCUGCAGUUUUCCAGAAGCCGAAUAAAUUAAAUUAGGGCUGGGCGGUGUGAUGGUAUAUACCGAUGGUAGAAAUGACUCCCAGCAGGUCAAAGUAUUCCUGUAGGACACUCUGACACAAGGAUGAACCCUCUCCUUCUGCCCAAGGGUUAAAGUCCGUCAGGUGAGAAGACGGUGAGGGGUUUGAAGGAGUUAAACGAGGAUCGUCGAGGCUUCAAGCCCAGCGCUGAUCAGCACUCAGUGAUGCAGGAGGAGGAGGAGGAAGAGGAAGGAGGAGCGAACAGAGCAGCUGAGCUUUUCUGCUUUCAGUCUCUCGUCAGCGUAUGCCAGAGCAGUUUCCUUUGCUGUGCUUCUCUGAGAAACACACACACAAUUACUGGUUGGAGGAGAGUGCUGAAUCCUUUUCUCUCUCUGCUUGGAUCAUGCUGCCCUGGAAAAGGAGUAAGUUUUUGCUGGUGGAGAAUGAGUCCAAAAGCAAGCCAAAAAGUCUUGGAGCCGGGCUGACCUACCAUUCUUUGCUGUCGACUUUGCUCCACUCUUGUCCGGACCUCGUUCCUGACUGCCCGUUCCAAUGGCUGGGGAGCGUCUUCCACAGCAAACGGCAGAAAGUGGAGCUCAAUAAAGAGGAACCCACCUACAAGGUGCGUUACCUGGGCAGCGCGGUCACCAUCAUGGCUAAAGGUGAGGACUGCACGCAGGAGGCGGUGGCCAAGAUUUGGACUCGCAGCAACUACGGCGAACAGAGCGCCAAGAUGAAGCUCACCGUCGGGCCCCAUGGCAUCCGCAUGGGGGCGGAUAGAGGUGGCAAAAAGAAGCCCGUCCACCUCUAUUCCCUCAACCGCAUCACAUACUGCACAGCUGACCCCUUUCGGCCCAAGAUUUUCGCUUGGAUUUACAGGCAUCAGGUAAAGAAUAAAGCAGUUGUGCUACGCUGCCAUGCUGUCCUGUUGCCAAAGGCGGAAAAGGCCAGAGCGUUAGCGCUCAGCCUGUACCAAAACUCAACGUCCGCAUUCACGGAGUUCAAGCGACUAAAGCGCCAAUCUGACUUCCGUCAUUGCCAGCAGCAGCUGUUGGGCGAAGACAUUGUGCCUCUUAUGCCUCUUCGGAGACUCCUAAAUGGCCAAUGCCACUACCAGCCACCUACAGAAAAGCCUGGGAGUGCCACACGGCUCUCCUCGAUUACUGAGGAAGAGGAGGAGGAGGAAGACCGACAGGGGGAUGCGCAAUCCAACACCAACACGACAAACGCCGGAACAUCCAGUCCCCCUCCAGAGAAAGAUCUGGGGAAGAUCGUAAAUAGACUAGACGAGGUUUCGAUUACCAGCUGGGAUGAAGCACAGAUGACUAUCAGCACUCUGGUGUGAGGUCACACGGAUACAGUUUAGCGCCCUCACCUUUAAGCCUCUGUCCUGUCGCCUUUCCUGCCAACCCACUCUGUCUGGUACGUCCAUUGAUGCACCGUGAAACAGCCCUCCGAAUCUCGGGGUAAGGACCGUUGGCACCCGCGAAUGCUGCCUGCAGAGGUUCCACGAGAUGCAUGGAGAAGGAGAGCCAGUACAAGCACAAUACAAGGAGGACCACAGGUACACCAGUCAUUCUGAGUUGGUUGAGAGCUUACACCGAAAAGCCUUUAUCUACCCCCGACAUCGAGCAAAGCUUAAACUGCACACCAAAAAACAAUAAAGCAUUCAUCUCGUACUCAAGCCACCCAGUGAUUUUUUUUUUUUUUUUUUUUUUUGAGUACUUGCCAAGUGCUUUAGACUGAUGGACUAUAAGAAGGAACCUUAAAAUGUGACUUUUUGUACGGCCAGUCUGUCUUUUGAUGUUCGUAACUGUCCCCCGGUGACCUCUCUCAACUGGCUGAGCUUCAAUGGGAUGCGGUUAAAGCUGGUUUAUUGGCACUGGGAGCAGCACUAAUGAAUUAAACCAUAACUUAGGAACGGAGCCAUUGACUUGACAUGUUUACUGCUACCAUUCGUCAUAGCUCUGCUAAUCAGUAAUGCAUAAUAAGUGGAGGCAUCACCUGUGAUGUUUGAGAUGGGCCUUUUAAAACGUUUUUAAAUGGUAUCAAUUUUACACUGUGAUUUGUCUGGGACCAAUGGCAGCAACGUAUCUUAUGUUUAUAUAAAAGAGCAUUUGUAAUUUAUGCUGAAUUUGUGUUGGUGUAAUGUGGUAGUCAUAAAAACUCAUUUUUAUGCCGUUCACAUGAAGGUCGUAGCUUCCGUCUGUCAACCCUGGCAUGUGUUUUGUAAUUUCAGUGCAUCGUAUUAAUCUUCUGGAAACUGAUUGGGGAAAACGGUGAAACAUUUUUCUAAUACUUCCAUCUUUUUCUGCACAAUGGGACACUGUCAGUGUGAAAAAUUGCCAAAUGUUGCAUAAUAAAAUGUUUGCUUAUAUUAAUUAUGAGUUUUUAGAGCCCCAGCUUUCUAUUUAUUUCAUCUCGGGAUGAUCGGAUUGAGUUUAUUUGAAAAUGCAAACUGCUGAUUUUCAGGCUGUAUUUCAAAAGAUCAUUUCUAGCUUGAAUAAAUAUUUAAUUCAAAGAAAAAGGGAAAAAAAAGUCCACUGACAUCCUGUGAGUGGGCUGUGGAAGGAACUGAUUUCAUCUGUUGCUGAGGGGCAUUUAGCUUUUCCCUCAAAGUGAGGCAAUUAAUCAGCCGAUUGAAUUGUACAGAAUGUGAGCAUAAAACACCUGGGCAGGCAGCGCAGAGCUUUCAGCUUGACAUGAAAUCAUCCAGAAGAGCCUUCAACAGCCUCUCUGUGCAUAGUUGAUUACAGCGAACAAAAGGACAAGCACAUAAAUACACAAAAUUCCAUAAGAUCUGCAUCAAAUUCACCACAACAAGAUCUGCUUCCUGAAGUGCAGUUGAAAAUGGUUUCAUUAGUGGUGCUUGCUAUAGGGCAAAUAUCACGAUUGCUAUUGCUCAUCCUUAGGGUUAGGCAAUUGAUUAACUCGUCCUGAACCAGUUGUGCUCUGGGGAUGAUUAAUUCCUCAAAUCAUGUGACUUGUGAGGAGAGUUGUGCUAUUAGUUUUCUAAGUGAUUAUACCUGCAAUUUUCGAUGAAGUCCUAUAGAGUUAUGUUGAAGGACCCAAGCCAUUUCUAGACACUUGAGGGUGGAUUAUUGACUCUAGCCAGUAAGAAACCAUCGAGCAAUCAACCAGAACACAUUCGAAACUGCAUAGCUACACCUUGGCAAUCAUAUACAAAACCCAUUGUGGCACCACUUACCAUUUUCUACAUUAAAUGUGCAAAUGAAGUUUGUUUUUUGGUUUAAUUAUUUAGUUUACAGCACCAGAUACAUUUUUAGAUUAUCUUCAAUUAUAAACUUAAAUUAUUUGUACCUGAGAUAGUGUUGGAUGCUUUAGGUGACUUGUUAAAUUAUCUUAAUAUGAGUGGAUAGAAGUUAAAAAAAAAACAGAUUUUUUUUAGAGGUCUUUAUUUUUUAACAGAAAAUAACUAGGGAUUUUUUUUUACAGAAACUAGAAAGAGAGAGAGAGAGAUGUGUCAAACAACACAUAAAGUCAGAAAACGAUGUCCAGAUGGCAGCAGAAAGGUGCAUUAUGAGAGGAACACACAUUUUACAUGAUUGUGAAGCAUGUUUCACAAGUAUUAUUUUGACAUAAAUUCUUUCAUUUGCUUUCCCUUAUGUUGUGAAAUGCAUUUCGUGCUUUAAUCCUGUAUGCUGCUAUUUUCAUUUUGUGUUUGGAACACAAAAGAAGUUCAUAUAUGACUUAAACCUCCAGUUUCACAGACAAGGUCCCAGACUAAAAUGCAUGUUUGAACUGUUUUGACUGAAAGCAACUUGUACUGACAUAUCUUAAAAUAUGUCACUGCCAUUGUUUUGACUCAAGAUGCACACCAGUAAUGUUUUUUUUCUAAGGCACGUUUAUUAAAGCUACUUACAUAAUUGAACUAAGGCCUAAUCCUGGCUUAAUCUAAGCCUUGUCUGUGAAACCAGGCCUAAAUGUACUGUAGUGGACAACUCAUACUGCUUUUAUAAUGAUUCUUGACAAAUGUGGUCACUGUUGUUUUAUAAAAAAGUGUUGUUGGAUUAAAAAAACAGCUUUGUAAAGAU